UCAUAUAGAUAUUAAAGUUAAUAUCUAUUUCACCUGAAUUUUGUUGAUUAUACUGAGGGCCUGUUGCCAAUGAUGUUUAAAACUUUCAAAACAUGCUGCUGGAUCGCAUUCCUUAGGUGGCGAAGAACUAGGGCCUCGUCCUCUUAGGGAGACCCUAAUGGGACUGUUCCUCAGCCAAUUCAUCGUGGGAAAAAAAACCUGCAGACAAGGAAAAAAAGAUAAGCGAAAUGAAAUGAACGAAUUAGAGCUGCUCAACUAAUUUUAAUUAUCCUCGUCACUUAUUUAGAGCAGAUAGAAAAAUAUGUUUUUCAAUAUUUUACUCACCUCAGCGUCAAAAAUCAAAUUAAUGUGCUUUUCCGUGGUAUUUACAAUGCAGUUAAAGUAAUAAUUCGGAAAAAAUCUGUCACAACAUCUGAAUUACACACCCACUUUGGCAGCCAUGUUUACAAAUCACUGCUACUGCUAGUACUGGUGCGCGCGCUGUUGCCACAUAAAAAUUAACAAAAAUUUAAUUCUCUUUGCAUCAUUUAUGUGCUUAAAUUACAUUAAAUUCUAUAAAUAGUUUCCGAUCUACUAAAAUUAGAGACUUUGAUGAAUUUUGCUGAUAAUUUUCAAUUAUUCGAACAAUAUUAAAGAUUCUAUGAUUCUAAUAAGGCAACAUUGUAUUCGAAAACUUUUUACAUUUUGUUGUUUUUACAGCUGAAGUUUUGUAGGGUUGGUAUUCGUCAGUUUUUGUGUUUAUUUACGAUUUGUACGAUUUCGGUCAGUCGACACUCGACAGUCGAUCGACGAUCGACUCUUGAACUGAAAGGAAAAACCCGAAAAACCCUUUAUUUCUGUUAAUUAAAAUUCCAAAAAUGGCUCAUCACGGUGCCGGAAGCAGUGGAUCAUCAUCUGCUUCGAUGAGACCUGAUGACCACAGGCGAAAAUGGGACCGAGAGGAAUAUGAGAGACUGGCCUUGGAACGCCUUCGGGAGGAAAUUUCUGCUGAAGAAAAUGACAAACUAAAUGAGCCAGUGCACAGGGCGCUGCUAAAACGAAGAGAGUACAAAGUCGACUUGGACUCUAAAUUGGGGAAGAGUGUCGUUAUCACAAAAAAUACCCCGGCGUCUCAAUCUGGAGGGUACUACUGCAAUGUGUGUGACUGUGUCGUCAAGGAUUCGAUUAAUUUCCUGGAUCACAUUAAUGGAAAAAAGCAUCAGCGCAAUUUGGGAAUGUCAAUGAAAGUUGAACGAUCCACUGUUGAUCAAGUCAAGGGUCGUUUGGAAAUGCUAAAGAAGAAGAAGGAAGAGAAGAAGAAGGAGUAUGAUAUUGAGCAAAAGUUGAAAGAACUUGGGGAAGAGGAGGAAAAACUGAAGGAAUACAGAAAAGAGAAGAGAAAGGAGCGCAAGAGAAAGCAUGAAGACGACCAGGAGGUUGAUGAGGACAUGGCUGCAAUUAUGGGCUUUUCUGGGUUUGGUUCUUCCAAAAAGUAAAUUCUGCAACUAUCUAAGACAUU